GCUCAUGGGUGAAAGACAUUCCCAUUGUAAAAUAAAAACGUGAAGGAGACCAACUCCGAUCAAAGUGAUUUCCGCUUCGAUUGCAGGCAGUAUAACUGAGGUUAUUUACUUCUGCUGCGUUACUUAGACGUAUUGCAUGCUGUUUCGAAUGCUUAUGCUGAGAAUGAAAAGAAGAUAAAAAUAAAAUUAAAAACAGGUCUACGUACGAUUUUUGUUGUAGUUGACAUCCCGUUAGACUUAGACUACGACUACUGCGAUCGCUCUUUACUUUUCUACAUACGGAGUCAACCCCUGCUUUUUCGUUUUUUUCAUUCCUUCACAACAAAAAUCAAAAUGAAGUGCCGUGGGAAGAAGAACACUUCAAAGCGCAAGUCGCUCAGUUUGCAGCACAAAAUCACCAAAAAGGCCACCGAGAAGAAGCGAAAAUUGCGAAAAGAAGCACGUAAGGCGGUCAAGAAUGGCGUGCAGGUACUGUUUUAUGCUGUUUGGUUGCCGAAGAAAAGGAACGAAAUUGGUCGUAUCAACGCGAUUGAUACUUGGUUUAUUGCGUUGCAUUUUUCACAUGAUAAAUCUGUAAAAAUGGAUUUGUAAAAAGGGCAACUGCUCCUGUCCUCUUCGCUUCUCCGACCAGGUUAUCAGGAAACUCUAAGAAAAAUAUUGCGCUACAACAGAUCAAGCGCAAGAAGCAGAAGAUGACGGUCCCAGCGCUGUGGCCGUUCAAGCAGGAGGAGCUGGCUUUCUUAAAGCAGCGACAAGAGCGUCGGGAGGCGGAGCAGCAGAAGCAAAAGGAGCUCAACCAGAAAAAGAAAAAGGUACAACUUAUUACUGUGAAUAUGAUUUUGAUCUCAACAGACCACGGAAACUUUGAACUGUUGCACUACAUAAAAUAUGAAAUAUGUUCUCAUGAUGGUUCUCGUUCUCAUCCCCUUCCCGUUUCUUGUACGUGCGUCCUGAAGAUGAAGAUCUUUUUCGUGUAUCUGUCAAUCCUCAUCACCGCAGGAACUCCAAAAGAAGAAACGGAAGGAGGCUUUGAAGGCUCCCGCCCGGCCCGUCAACACCCUGGAAAACGUCCUGGACACCGCAGAUUUGGUGAUCGAAGUCGUGGACGCCCGCGACCCGUUUGCGACGCGGUGCUUGUCCAUUGAAAAGGACGAGUCGAAGAAGAACAAGAUUAUCGUCCUGACCAAGGGCGACUUGGUGCCGAUGGAAAACCUGCAGCAGUGGUUGCACUACCUGCGACGAACGACGCCCGACAACAUCCCGGUGCUGAGCCUGAUGAAGCGCGCCAGCAACGAGGAGGCGUCCAAGCUGAUCCGCGAUUUGUCCUCUGGUGAACAACAGCAGCCCGGUUCCAGUACCAGCUCAAGAAGUACGAGAAACAAGUUUCUCCGCCCGGUCGGGUUCAAGCAACUGAUCGCACUGCUCUCAAAGGGGUACUCCGCGUCAAAAAACAUCGCGGUGGUUGGCUACCCGGGCGUAGGAAAACACACCGUGGUGUCUUACUUGAAGUCGCCCCAGAUGAACCUAUCGAAAAAGGUGAAAAUUCAAACGGCAAACAUCAUCGACUUCAAAACCGAGGACGAAGUUGUGGACGGCAACCAGAACAUCGUGGACCUGCUCUUCACCCAGAAACCACAAGCGUCGAAACAGCCCCUCACGGUGCUGAAGCGACUACUGGAGAGAACACUUUCAAAAGAAGAUCUGCAGAUCAAACUCGCACUGCCACAGUUCGAGGUACAAAUGGAAAUGCUUUUGUUUUUUUAUUGCCACAGAGAUUGGCCAUGCCCAUGGCCACUGCAUCUCGUGCAUGAGUUGAUAUUUCAGAAGACAUGUCAUGAAGUAUAAAACACAAUAUUCAUAUUGCAUUUAGCUCCUUGUUUCAGAGUUUCUGUUUCCGUCAAUUUCUCCGCGGAAGCACGCACCAUGUAGAAAAAAAAAUGAAUUCCAGGACGCCAAGACGCUGAUGACAAAGAUGCAGCGCGACCAUAACCUUCCGGGAAUUAUCGACGCCGGGCGGUUUAUCCUGAAGCGAAUGAAUGCAAUGUUUUACUUCACCAGCUCCCCGAAACUGGGUGGAGCAAGCGAGCAAGCUAUCCAAACCCCGAAAAAUGUGGUCAAACAGGACCUUGAGGCAAUAUACGCAGAACAGGAGAAGGAAAUUCAGGCUUGCGCGGGUCUCUGGGGCCGAACCACACCCACGACAGGGCUUGUGUCGGAAGCAAGCCAGGCUGUGCAGACUGCAAGCGACUUGAGCGGCACCGGACAAUCCAGCGUCGAUUUGCACAAGGUGCCUAGCUUCUUCAUUUUGCUCUCAAUCAAGCGUCUUUUUUUUUGCAAAAUCAAAAGACAUAUUCUAAAACUAAAUCAAACUGAGAUUGUUCUUAAUCGCACUUUUGAUUGGCACACAUGCUGCACGAUCUCAUCCAUCUGUGAUCGACGUGCUUACAACCGCUAAUUGUACUUACAUGAAAAAAACACCUCCAGGCGCUGCACCACAGCAAGGGCAAGAACCUGGGAAAGACGGAAUACUUCGAGCUGAAAUGUCCGGUCUCCAUUUGCCCGAAGACCGGCGAAGAGAGCUUGAUGAUCGGCGGUCCGGAGCCAUUCUCGGCGCUCGAGUUUGGUACGCCCGCCGCGAAGGAGGAAGACGAGGAGAGCAUUCAGGAGGCCUCCAUGGAGGCUGUUUCUGACGAGGAAGGUUGGUCAGAAGUCGAGGAGGAGGAAGAAGAAGAACUCGAUACCGAUGAGGAGAUGGAGGACUAAAUGCGAUCAAUGGCAUCAUUGAUACUACCCCUCGCAGUCACUUGAUAUCUGGGUGACUUUUUUUUCGAAGUAAAGAGAAGCACGUGCAAUAGAAGCGCAACAAAU